AUGGAGCUAUGGAGACAUGACUCCGUCGUCCAGAACUAUACAAGCGAGACGGUUGAGACGGCGAUGUCGAGAUGGGUACUUUGGUUGCGGUACAAGAAAAGCAACCUCGAGGUUUUUCGGGACCCUCUCCAGACUGUCCCAACUAUCCGACUGCUCGGUCGUCCGGGGAGCUCGUUCCGUAAUCCGAUGAUGUGUGCUAUGAUCUCAGCCGACAUUAUUAAUGUCGACGCUUAA